AUGACUCUCUUAAGUCCGGAUUUCAAGCACCAAGUCCCUUUACUUGAAAGUCCACUGCAUUCCCCCCUCCGUUCUCGAGCGUUAACUCCGAUAGAUGGCGAUCCAACAUGGUCCACAGUCAAUUAUUUAAAGGUUCCAGAGACCCGAAAACAUGACAGUAUCACACAAUUGUGAACAGACCAAGCAAACAUUUCCCAGGCUCUGUUUGUUUACAUUCAUCUUAUAACAAAAUGCUGUCUUUCAAUCCUUUGACCGAUAUUCCUGACCUUAGCGGAAAAGUCUGCCUGGUGACAGGAGCCAACUCCGGGCUGGGAGAAGCAACUGUGGCUGCGUUAGCCACGCACCGUCCAGCAAAGAUCUAUCUCGCCGCUCGCAGUCGCUCAAAAGCGGAGGGUGCCCUGGAGCGCAUUAGAUCCACUUCAUCCGAAGCCUCGAAAACCGAUAUCUCCAUUCUGGAUCUCGAUCUCGCGUCGUUCGAGUCUGUGAAGGCGGCGGCGGCGCGGGUCAACAGAGAGGUCGAUCGCCUUGAUAUCCUCCAGCUCAAUGGAGGGAUUGCCAUGCUUCCGCACGACGUCACCAAGGAUGGCUUCGAGCUUCAAUUCGGCACAAACUACCUGGGCCAUGCCCUGCUCACGCAGCUCCUGAUGCCAAUCCUCUUAACCACAGCCCGACUCCCCGAUGCCGACGUAAGAACUGUGUGGAUGUCCUCCGUAGGGCACAAGACCUUUUCCAGCAAAGAGGGAAUCCACUUCGACCAGCUCAAAACUCCUAUGGAGUCUCACAGUGGACCCGGCCUAUAUGCCCAGGCGAUGCUUGCCAAAAUCCUCUUUGGCCGCGAGCUCGCUCGCCGGUAUCCUCAAAUCACCUCCUCGUCCCUGCAUCCAGGCACCGUCAGGUCUAAUGUCUGGGGUGGUGCGAAAAACACGAAUUUCCUUGUGAAACUUCUCUUCGCGGUGGUUGUACCUCUGACUGGAGUUUCGAACGAAGAGGGAGCCAAGACGCAGCUAUGGUGCAGCUUCAGCAAGGACGUGGAAAACGGGGCAUACUACGAGCCUAUCGGAAAGACGGGACAAGACAGUCCGCUCUCGCGGGACUCUGAACUGGCCAGAAAGUUGUGGGAUUGGACGGAGAAGACGUUAGAGGCGCAUGGCGCACCAGGAUGGCCAUCAUCCUAGGCCGGCCUUGAUUUAUCUGUCGCUUCUGAUUUUUGCUGUCCGUGUUUCUGUUUUGUGCAUCGAUUCCUGUUCUAGUGCGCAAAUCUUCGAUUUCGUUGUGUCUUUAGCUCCUGUAUUUUUGUCUAAUUUCAUGCGUAUGGGUUUGGAUGCAGUCUACUCCAUUCAAGAACC